AUGAGCGGACAGGCUGCGGGUUAUUACGAUCCCAGCCAGAGCUACGGCGAUGUUGAGGCCCAGCAGAAGGCCCAGCAGCAGCCCCAGCAGCAGCCCCAGCAGCCUGGCCAGGAUUUUAACACCAUUCAGCAGGCCAAUGAUGAAUACCAGUCCAAUGAUGGCGUGGACGGUCAGAGAGGCCCUGAGCCCAAGCCUCCCCAGGAGCCUCCCCCGACCUACAACCAGGCUGUGUAUGGGUUCGACGACGCCUUUAAAGUUGAGCAGCCCAAGUUCCACGAUCUCUGGGCCGGGCUCUUGUUCAUUGCGGUUUUUCUGGGCUAUGUCGCGGUCUCGGGAGUAGCCAUCCAUCGCUACGCCAAGUACUAUGGCUUCAAUGGGAGCGGGAUCUAUGACUCGUCCAAUACCUUUUCCCUCGACACCAACACCCUUGUGCUGUUCAUUUUUGUCCUCUGCGUUGCGCUCGCCUUCUCGUGGGCUUAUUUUCUCGCAGCAAGGUACUUCCCUAAGCUUUUCAUCUGGGUCACGGGCAUCUUGAACAUCGUUUUUGCUCUGGCGACCGGGAUCUACUACAUUGCGAGGAAAGAGUAUGGAGGCGGGAUUGUGUUUGUGGUCUUUGGGGUGUUUGCUAUUAUCUGUUUUAUCAGUUGGAUCCCCCGCAUCCCCUUCACGGCGUUUAUGCUCGAAAUCGCGAUUGAUGUGUUGCGGCGUUACGGACACAUGUUCGUCGUGAGUGCGAUUGGGGGUCUGGUGGCCGUGGCCUUCUCAGCGUGGUUCUCCGUGACGCUCGUCUCCAUCUAUGUGGCCUACGAGCCUGGAGCCAACCCCGCGUGCACCAAUGGCGGCGGCGGCGGCGGCUGCAGCACGGCGAGAGUCAUCGGGCUGGUCGUGUACGUGACCUUUGCCAUGUACUGGUUCAGCGAGUGGGUGAAGAACACCGUCCACACCACCAUCGCCGGCGUCUACGGGUCCUGGUACUUCUUCGCCAACACGCCGCGCGGCAUGCCCCAGGGAGCCACGCGGGGGGCGUUCCGUCGCGCCACAACCUACUCCUUCGGCAGCAUCAGCUUCGGCAGCCUGAUCAUCGCCGUCAUCAACAUGCUCCGCCAGGCUUGCUCCGUGGCCCAGCGCCAGGAAGCCGCGCAGGGCAACCUCGUCGGCACCAUCAUGCUCUGGAUCCUCGGCUGCUUCAUCUCGCUCCUGGACUGGCUGGUCACCCUGUUCAACCGCUAUGCCUUUUGCCACAUUGCCCUGUACGGGAAGGCCUACAUCCCCGCGGCCAAGGAUACGUGGACCAUGAUGAAAGACCGCGGGGUCGACGCCCUCGUGACGGACUGCCUGAUCGGGCCGGUCCUGACCAUGGGCUCGGUCUUUGUCUCGUACGUCUGUGCGCUGCUCGCCUAUCUGUACCUGCAGUUCACCCGCCCCAGCUACAACAGCGACGGCAGCUUCACACCGGUCAUUAUGGCGUUUGCCUUUGUCAUGGGGCUCCAGAUUUGCCAGAUCUUCAUGACGCCCAUCAGCAGCGGCAUCGAGACUAUCUUCUCCGCCAUGGCCUGGGAUCCGCAGGUGUUGAUUCAGAAUCAUCCCGAGCUGUACUAUCGCAUGGUGCAUCUGUAUCCGCGCGUGCAGCAGGCGAUUCAUGCGUAGGUUUGUAUUGACGAUAGUACGAUGGUACGAUAGUACGAUAAUACUGGUAGUGGAUGUUAACCUCAGGUCAUUUAUGAAGCUGCUGUAUGUACGACACGGUAGCUGCAUACAAAAACCUGCUUACUACCGAGGUACCUAGCUUAGUUUCCAUG